UUGUACAGGAAAUUUCCAUGUACCUACCUGCAAAAAAGCAACUAAAAAUUAAUAAAAAUCACAAAGUUAUGUUGAUUACAAGAGAAAAGAUCGCAAAACUGUCUGCAAUUGCCCCAUACUACUCUACAUGCCGAUAUAAGUAUCAACAAUACAAUCAAAGAAACCGAACUAUACAAAAUAAAAUAAAAUAAAUUAGAAUUUAAAUUCUACAAUAGAUAAAUAAUUGGGGAAUAGAGGAAGAGCGGAAUAGAGGAACGACAGAGGAAUAAGAGAGGAAUAGUCGGGGAAUAGAGGAAGAGCGGAAUAGAGGAACGACAAACAAAACCAGAAAGAAGCACAAAUCUACAUCUUGACUUAACGGACGAAUUUAAUAUCUGAUAAUUGUCCCUUUUUGCCCAAUUAUUACUUUGCCCAAGAUUAUUGCAGUAAAGCUACAAACUAAUCUGAAAUUGCGACUAUAUAAUUAAGUACAUUAAACAUUUCUCUACAAAAUGAAAAGUGUCUGGGCUCUGAAUGUUGAUUCGUUAUGAAAAUACAGCUGUCGCACAAACUGCCCCAAGAAUCGCUUUUGGAGCUAUCUGAACAACUUUCCAAAAGACUGAAGACGAGCAGGCGAAAAUUCAACAAGUAUACCAGUUUGUAGAAAAUUGUUUGCUGUGCAAGAUGCCAUAGCUUGUUAAGUUCGAAACUAUUCUAAUUAAUCUGCAUUUAAGGUAAAAAAAAAUCAGAAAAGCCGUCACGGUGUGACACUUUUGACCGUAUCAGCGAUAGUACAGUCAAACGAUAAUCAUAAAAUGUAUGGACCCUUGAUUAGUCGAAUAUCAAGAGAACAGUUAAAAUCGUCAAUGUCAAAUGUAAGAGUGAGAAUUUAAAAUACCGUUAGUUCAUUUAUGAGAAAUCUUGCAGAAACCACUAGACGGGAAACAGGCAAAUGAAAAUAUAAUAGAUUCCUUGAAUCAAAAUCAAAAUUCAACCAAUAGAAAAGUAAAUUUGUCUUCUCAGCGUUCGAACCAGGUGUCAGUUCUCACGAUCAAUGGUAUUCGUCCAUCAGGGAGUUCAACAUUAAUCGGUGAUCCAACUUUGUUGAAUGAGAACAGAUCAAAGAAGCGAUAUCAAACGAAACAAAUGAGCAGAAGAGAUCACCGAUAUGAAUAUUUUUCUUCUACUUCUAUCCCUAGCUUGUCGAAAAUAUUUAUUUAGUCAUAAAAAACGUUUACGAUCUAAGAUUGUCUUCGUUCUGUGUUUAUUCAUUGGUAUACUUGCAAUAUUCGGUGUUAUUGCCUCAUCUAUUUCUGUAAUUGUAACGGCUCAUAGUAAAAUCACAUAUACAAGUAGUUCAACUUCUAGUACUAGUACAGUUGGAAGUUCAUUCUGUUCAUAUAGUUCACUUGAAAACAUUGCAUGUAUUCCCACUGGAUAUGAUUUACAUACAUGUGUGUACACAGCAACUAGUACAAAUACAACAAUAAUAUUUGAAAUGCAAAAUGAUGCUUCAUCUUGGCUACUAGAUGAUGUUAGUGUCAUUGGAUCGAGUGGAAAUGUGAUAAAAAAUGGAGAAUUUAACGUUACUUUAGCUCCAUGGAAAUACAGUAACCCAUUUAAUGAUAAUGGUUUAUCUGGUAUGUCAAACCAAAAUUCAUGUACUGCAGAUGAUAGUUAUAUGUUUGAAGCUGAAGGAGCACCUGAUUAUUUGACACAAUCAUUUGCAACAGUUAUCGGUCAAAGUUAUACAAUCAAUUACUAUUUAUUGGAGAGCGGGGGAUCUACUACAAGCAUUUGUUCAGCAAAACUGUAA